GUAGUGAGAACCACAAACUGAGGCAAUAAUUCUACCAUUCUCUGACGCCUCUAUAUGACACCAGUAAAUCCUGAGAAAUAUUAUUUCUCUAAGAUUCAGCUUUACGACCCUAAUGAAAUCAUAAAUUACGGGAUUCAAAAGCAAAUUCAAAAGAAAAAUAGGAGAAAACUAGCUAAACUCGAGAAGCAGGGUAUAUUUGUUGGCAGAGACCCAAUAAAAUUGUUGAAAAAAGCUAACAAGAGUCCAAAAUCAGAAACUAACAAUGCAGAUCUGACAUCCGUUGAUAUCAUUCGCAAAAAGUGGAAAAUUGCAUCACUCAGAGCUCAAGGUGUGAAGGUUAAAGAUGACAUGUCACUUUUGAAAAGGGCAGCUGAUAAAGUAUAUAAACUCAAACGGAAACGAGCUAAAAACUGGAAGAAGCGUAUAGAGGCUAAUGAAGAAAAGAAACGUGAGAGACAGGUUAAGAGAACCACCAAUAUUCAAGCAAGAAGAACGAGAAAACUUUCAAAGAAACUAAAUAAAGCUCGUGAAAAAGGGAGAAUUUUCUUCGCCUGUGAAUAAACAACUGUAUUUUGUGCUUAUUCUAAAACACUUCAAAACAAUUACUCACUGAUGAGCAUUUUAAAAUUCAUAUUCCUUGGUUUUGGUACAGAGAGUUUGUUUAAAUAAUCAUAUGAGAUUGGGCACCUUGAUGUCCGAUUUCGUCUAUAGAAAAGGCCAAGCUAUCAAACUAAGGUCCUCUUGUAGAAUUCGCUGGCUGUUCUUAGGAAUCAUGUAGGUCUACCGGCUGGUGUUAGCCAUAGUGAGAAACCCCUAUGUGACUUUGCUCUAAACCGAAUGAAAUAGAGGCAACAUAUCCUAUCCGCACCACUUAGGUUACUUUUUUGCUAAUAAACCAAUAGACUGG